AUGGCGGGGUCCGGCGAGGCUUUGGUGCUCCAUGUCCUGCUCUGCUGCCUGUGCAGAGGUGUUGCAAACAUCACGUGCUCGGGGCACGUCUGGAUCGAGCCCGCGCCGGUGGUGCGGAUGGGUUCCAACAUCUCCAUCAACUGCCUCUCCACCCUCGGCUGCCCCUGGGCCAAGUUCUCCAUCCUCCUCAACUACAGCCUCGCUGAGGCUCCCCUGCACCCCCUCAACAGCAGCACCGUCCAGCUCCAGCUGCGCGAUUUUCGGAUACCCUUCCGCACCGUCACUUGCUUCGCCCGCUGCCCCGACAGCGAAAGCGACCGGCUGGUGUGCGGCACCCAAGUCCUGGCCGGCUACCCUCCGGACCCCCCCAGCAACCUGACCUGCACCAUCCACGAGCACUCAGGGCGCCUGGCGUGCACGUGGGACUCGGGGCGGUCGACCCACCUGUACACCCGCUACACCCUCCACCUGCGCAGGAGCGCGGAUGCUGAGGAGGAGGAGGAGGAAGACGUCUUCCCCGCGGGCUCGCCGGUGCCGCUGAGCGCGCUGCGCGGCAGGAGCCACUACUCGGCGUGGGUGCAGGCCAGCAACUCGCUGGGCGCUGCCUGCUCAGCCCCUCAGCGCCUCAACCUGCAGGAGCUUGUGGUGCCCGCUCUACCCCUGGUCGCCGGCGCCGAGACGACGGAGACAUCGCCUCCCACCACCACCAUCCACUGGAGGAGGCGGACGCUGCUGGAGAACGUGUGCUGUGAGGAGCGACACAAAGCCACGGAUGCCCCGGCGUGGCAUGUGGAGGCAUGGGAUGGUGCGGCGCAGCCCGGGCCCCGCUCGCGGCACGACCUGCAGAGUAAUACCCAGUACGUGUUUCAGGUGAGGUGCCGGCUCAGCUCUGCUGCCAGCCCCUGGAGCACCUGGAGCCCCCCCUUUCUCUACAGCACCCCCGAAGCAGCCCCCGCCGCGGCGCCCGACGUCUGGCGGCGCCUGGGCCCGGCGUUCCCGAACGGCAGCCGCGAGGUGACGGUCUUGAUCAAGCCCCUGCCACCCCGGGAUGCCCGCGGGAGGAUCCUGGGCUAUGCCGUGGCCACCGAGAGCUCCGAGGGAGCGCUGGUCCUUUGCAACACCUCCAGCACGGCGUGCAGCAUCCUGGUGCCCCCGGGAACCCGCGCCCUCCACGUCACUGCUUACAACUCCAGGGGGGCUUCCAGCCCUGCCAACAUCACCCUCGGCCGGGACACCGGUGAAUUCCCGGCGCCGGCGGCUGUGGAGGUCAAGCCGGAGAACCGGAGCAGGGUCUCGGUGGCCUGGCAGCCCCCCCGCCGUAGCGGCGGGUCCCCGCUCUGGUUCAUAGUGGAGUGGGUUUCCACCGCCCGGUAUAGCCAAGAGGAACAGUAUUUUUGGAAGAAAGUCCCGUACCAGGAAACACGCACGUACAUCAGAGAAGAGGCCGUAACAGGAGGUCGCAUCAACGUGUCGGUAUACGCAGUUUACCCCGAUGGAGUCAGCAAACCAAGCUCCGGCCAAGUCCCUUCAGAGGACCAGCUCCUGAGCAGCACCUACAGCGAGAUCUCCCAUGAUGAUGACAUCGGAGUUUUCCUGGGACUGGGCGUCAGCAUGGUCAUAUUAUCCGUUGUUUUUGUAAUUCUGAUGUUUAAAAAAUCAGCCAGAAAAAGAAUUAACGCCACCGUUGUGUCGGUCUUGCCAAAAUGGCUGUUUGAAGACUUUCCCCACAUGGAAAACAGCAACGUGGUCAAGUCACUCCAGGAAAAGAGUGAUUUCACGAGUAACACUUUCCGUGAGCCGUUCUUGGACACCAGUGACCCCACAGUUAUGGAAAUCGAGGAGGUGCCGGUGCACGAGGAGUACAAGCACGUGGCCACCAGAAAGAAGCCCAGCAGAGAGGUCCCCAAGGACGGGGAGCGCCUGGGGAGCACGGUGCCCGCCAGCAUCACGACCCCCAAGCAGAUCAGUGACUACAAACCUCAGGUGUCCGAUGGGAACCCACUGGGCUACGUAGCUGCCAAUAUUUACCAAACUCAGCCCCCCGUGCCCCUCCCAGAACCGGAGAUGAACGUCUUCUUCAGAGACUACACGAGCCCCGUUCCCCACUUGUGGGAUGGGGAGGGAGGGGGGCACCCCGUCUGUCUGCUGGAGAAGAUCAACCUCAUCUUAAACAACAGCCGGAGCGGGCAAAGCCACGCGUUCGGCUCAGCCCAGGGGGGACACGGUUCCCUCCUGGAGAACCAGUGGGGACCAGUGCUGGCCAGCGAUGUUCAAGAGCAAACGCUGGUCCCCGAUGAGCUGGUCUCCUGCCUGAAAGCCAUGAAUGGGGAGUCGGUGGAGAUAAAGACCUGCUUUCCGCAAAGCGUCGGCAGAUUAUUUUGA